AUGGAUGAAAUAAAACUAGUGGAAUCAGAUGAUGAAUUAGAAUAUCAGCCUUAGACAUUGAAGACUUAGAAGUAACACCAGCCAAAGAGUGUUUAAGAGAUGAGGGAACAAUUCAGGUUGUAAAUUAGGAAGGAGAGGAUUGAGGAAUAAUUGGAGAAGAAGAGGAUGUGGUAUAUACCGAAACAGCGAUUAUAGAGUUCUUAAUUGAAUUUCUCUAUCAAUAACUUAUUCAAUGAAUUAAAAAAUGUGUAUGCUCAGAAAGAUAUGAAUGAGAUUUCAUAGAAAUUGCAUUUGAUUGCAAAUAUCAUAGAUGAUCGGAAUCGCAUUCACAGUUUAUUUUUAACUUAGAGGAACUUUCUGUAAUUCAAAGAUUUAUUGAAUGAUGAAUCCUACUAUAUUGAUACGUAUACCAUAUAUCUGCAAUUGACACAAGAUGAUGAAUAUUUUCAAUUGCCCAUCGAAGACAUUCAAUGGUCAAUUGAGCGAUCGUUGGAUUUGCUGAUAGAGAAUAAACAAAUAGAUGACUUGGCUAAUUUAAUUUUGGGAUAUUUAGGAAAUGUCUCGAGUAAAUUGUAAUAAAUCCAGCAUUAUUUGCUGAGCAAGAAUACUAUCGAGAUUCUCUGUUAAUUAAUGAAGGAUAGUUUGUUGCAUAAUAUUUGUUAUCUUAUUUAAACUUUAUGCAGAAACAUUCCGGAAUAGUUCAAACCUUAAGUAAUAGUAAUUUUGAAGCAUUUGAAGAUUAAUAAAAGUUAAGAAAUACUGUAAACUUUAUUUAUCAUCAACAAGCAGUGUGAUUAGUAUGAUAAAGACAUUAAUUAUUUUGAAAUAUUUCAAUUACUCUUUAUUUAUUUGAAUGAAUAUCUUACUAAUGAAAACGACUUUGAAUCAUUCUACUCUGCUCUACUCCAAUUGAAAUAUUUAUCAGAUUUCCAGUAAUUGUAUGCAAUCUUCCAGCAAUUUUCCGUCUUGGAAAUUAUUAAUAAACUCAUCAAUUACAAAUACCAAAAGAUACGAACUGCAGUCUUAUACAUUUUACAGAAUCUAUGCAAAUAAGGACAUCAUGUGAUCCAAUAGAUAUUUUAAUAAUAGGAGUUAAUUAAAAAACUAAUUAAUAUUCUCACAACCGAUAAACCAAUUAAUUAAUCUCUUGUAAUCAAAUCUGUUCAACAUAUACUAAAGUAUGGAAACCAAUAAGAUAUCACAGUUCUCAUUAGUCUGGGUCUUGCUGUCCAUCUAAAAUCGACCGUCGAAUCAGCAGAACCAUAUAUUGUACUACAAGGAUUGGAAUGUGUGACUUCACUUAUGAAUUAUGGUUUGUCUUUGUAAACACAAUUGAAUGUCCCAAAUCCUAUAUUAGCUAUACUGCAAUAAAAUCAUCUAAUUUAAGCAAUUGAAGACUUGUAGUAUCAUCCUAAUAAAGAGAUCUUCACCCAAUCAUAAAAGUUAAUCACCGAAUUUUUUAGAACUGAAUGA